CUUUCUGAAAUUAAUCCAGAAGAUGACAUUUGCUUUAUGCCCAAUGAGCAGUUCAAAACCACAUCAGACCAAGUUUGCUCUGGUAUUGCAUGUGAGUAAAUAAUACAUACACAUAUAUGUAUGCAGACUUUUGUUUUAAAUUGUUAUUUUAGACCAUAAACUAAAUAAUUAUUAAAAAUAUAUUUACAAUAAAUGAAAGGCAAGCUACAGGUAAUAAACAUGAAUGCUAUCUCACACUACUAGCAAAUGUGUGCAAAACCAUCAUACUAACUAAUAGCAGUGUUGACAAUGGUGAACCAGGAUUGUAGAAAAAUUUUAUGUGAGAAUAAUUACUCCCUAGUUAGGCCAGCAAACCUUAUCUAAAGGGUAAUAAAAAGUAAUGGUAACGAUACCUGAAGGAUAGUAGGGUUGAAGAAGAGGGAAGAUCGAAGGAGGAGACGAGGACCGUGGUGUACCUGGUUGUCAUGUGAGUUCAUACUAUCAGAGUAUCCCAUAUUUUAUGUAAAAUCGUGCUAUAUUAUAAAAAAAAAACUAAAAUUGCAUUAUUUUAUUUUACAACAAACCAUAUUCCAAUGCAUACCCCAAACCACUGAUGGCAUCAGUUAAAAUGUGCAGCUUGUGUCUACCACCACUAGAUGGCGACAAUCUCCAUAUAAACAAAGAGUAGAAAGUUUUUGAGGAAAUAUUGAUAGAUAAAGGUAGACUCACAAAAAAACAGACAUGAAUAAUGUAUAUACUUAUGCACUCCUCUUCCAGCAUCAUCUGCAGACAAUUGCAUGCCACAAUGGAUUGGGAGCACCCAGGAAUCCGUCUGUGACUGGGAACUAUCUCAAUGGCCUUCCACAAAUGCAAACAAGGUUAGUUUGGUUAAUUACUUAGCUAUUGUGUUGUGCACAAAUCCCAGAUGUGGUAUUGCCCUUUUUAAUUGCUAUUAAUGUGCUUUAAUAUGUUAUGUCUUAAUGUAUUUAAAGAAUGCAUGAUUUUGUCACCCUAAAAAUAAAUUGUUUCAAAAAGUACACCAAGUUUCCUCUGCUACAAAUACAGUGAUGUUUCACACUGACCAGUGUUCUCACUUGACUAGCAGUCACAGAAGUUCUAGAAAAGUUUAAAGGAAUACUCCAAACACAUAAAGCACUUCAGUUUACUGGAGUUCUUUAUGUGUGUCCUCUUUGUUUUAUUUUAUAAAAGUACUGAUUUUAAUAGAAAUCAACACUUAUUUAAAUUAAAAAUAAAACACCACUGUGGUUGUCAGACAGCUGGGAGACGUUUCUUCUAUUUGGUUUGGCUUAGUGGAGCUUGCGCAGAACACCUGUCUUUGAAAGAUUUCUCAACAUGCUUGAAUACAGCUCCAUGAGAAGUCUGUGAUUGAUGUGUGCAACUGGUCUACAAGGCUUCUCUGUGAGAUGCCUCUGGUUGAUUAUUUAUUUUCUGUACCAGGGAAGACUGGGAGGGCAGUCUUCAGAUGCUAGAUCUGCACAGGGUCAUCUUUAAUAAUGAUUGGACCCUGGUCAAGCAUUUGCUAGGGCCCCCCAAUCCCAUACAUGCAAUCACGCCCUCCACCCCAACGCAGUGGCGGAACUAAAGUAUAAAGAUCCCUGGUGCAAGAAUUUUAUUUUGCCCCCCAAUUGCAAGGUUGGACAAAAUGUAGAACCCUAUCUGUCGUUCAACUCCAACAAUGCAUUGACAGGCGGGGUUCUAGCAAUUUCCCAUGCUUGCAGGUUUGUAUUUUGCACUGUUUGAAUGUAAGCAUGUUUUUGUAUGAAGUAUAGUUGCCUGAAUGUGUUUGUAUGUGGUGUUGGAGUUUGGAUGCAAGCGUGCAUUUGUGUGUAGUGUUGUUUUUUUGAAUGUGUGUGUGUGUGUAUAUAAUUUUGGUGCGCAAAUACACAGAUACACACACUGACUACUUACAGAUAGGAGUAACUGGGCCCGGGACAGCUGCCCCAUUUGCCCCGCAUUAAAGAUAGCCCUGGCUCUCCAGAUAUUCCAAGCUAAGUUUCUAUAUACCCCCAAGAAAUAUUAUUUUUUUAUACACACAGAAAAUGUAUGUAUGUAUACAUAACACACUAACCACAGUCUGUUCUUUCAAAUGUCUAGGUAUGUUGCUAGACCCCAAUAUAUCUUUUUGCCUCAACAUUGAAAAGCUUUAUCCAAAGCUAGGUGCCCUGUACAGAAACAAAUCCUGAGUAAGCCCUACAGUAAGGAAACAGAGUGUACAACAAAUGCUAAUGCAAGUUAUUGAAUUUGGGUAUGUAGUGUAUGCACCUGCACCACAGAACCACCUUCAUAAACUUACAACUUACUGCCGCUUUGUGCUACAAUGUAAUUACAUGGCCCACCAUUGUGACAUGUUAAAAGAGCUAAACUUUCCAUCACUGGCAUCCAGAUGCACCUUUCAUCUUUCCAGCCUUGUGUGUAAGAGCUUUUUUGGGGAAGAUCCCACCCUACCUGAGCAGAAUGCUCUCCUGAGCUGUUCCUACGUCUUAUAACCUCUGAUCCAGUACCAGCACUUUAUUCAGUAUACCACAAUACAAAAAUAAAGUGGCUUGAUUUUCAUUUUCGUACAGAGCACCACAAUUAUGGAAUAACCUCAGGGACACAAUCAAAUCUUUCUCCAAUCUAAUAUCCUUUAAGAGAUCACUGUCAACAUAUCUCAAUACAGAAUGCACCUGUAAUCAUGGUUGAUUAUAUUUCUUACUUGUUCUAUGCUAAAAAUUAUAUAUGUGCAUUUUAAUACUAUUUGUCUUUUUAAUAUUCUAUUGUAGCUAUUGUAACAAUGCAAUGUUUGUGGGCCCGAGACAUACUUGAAUACAAUACAAAUCUCAUAUCUUUCCUGGCAGAAUAUUUUGUAAAUGAAUAAUUAUAUGGUGGUUGAUUUUAGGGGACACUACCAACACAGAGAGAGUCACUAAGGCUGAACUGUCCAUUUUUUCUUAGACCAAGAAAUGAACAUACUGUGGAAAGUGACCUUUCACGAAUAAGUGAGUGCAGAGUUUUUGCUAUUCCAAAUGAGAAUUUUUGCUUGUAAUGUUAUUAUUGGGUAUUCCCUUUAAAAUAUUUGUAAUCUUUCAUUCAUUCUUGUUGAUAUGUCCAAUCAGUAGAACCCAAGUUGCAUGGUUAGAUGGCUGCUCAUUAUAAUGCAUUGCUUUUCUUGUUUAAAACAACACUGUCACCUUUUUUUUCUCUGCACCCCAAUUUCUCUUUUGAUAUCCCAACCCCCUGGCUUCCCCCCGCUGCACCCAGCAUUUAAACAAUACGCCAUGGUCUCCAACUUUUAAUUUUUCCUAUGAUGUUCUCCAGAACUAUCUUCCUAUGCCAUUGAUGUCAUUGUUGAUUGAAUGGUCACGUGGGGUGCCCUAAACACUGCCCCGACCAGAGGACUUAAGAAGGAUUGCAUUGCACUUUUGCAUUGCAGUCAUGAUCCCGAGAGGCUUGAUGUUGUGGGAGAAGAGCUUGAUAUCCAAUAACAGAGAUGACAAAAUAAUGACAACUUUUGUCAACCUGCUGUUAAUACAUAAGGAAAAGUAAUCCCUGCUUUUCCUUAUGUUUAGUUUUGUAAGGAAUCGUUACUUUUAAGAAAAUUGUAAUGACAGAGGACAUUGCCUUCACAUUGCAAAUAGGAUAAACUAGAAUUGUUACAUUGGAGCUAUAUAUCCAAGUGAAAAAUAUACUUUAUAUAUAUUUGGGGUGGUUUGUACAUAUUGCACACUAAAGCCUUGAUUUAACAUUUUUGGAUAUGCUUUUCAAAUGAUUUUAUAUCUUUGGAUAAACGUUUGAAAUGAUUUAAUAUUAUAAAACAUAUUUCAAUAUUUUGUUAUUUUUUUAUUUAUAUGUUGUUUUAUGUGUGUAUGUUUUUGAUAUUUAAUAUUUCUAAAAGAAAAAAUAUUUGAAAAGCUUAUCCAACAAUAUUAAAUUGAGGCCUAAAUGCACUAUCUAUGUUGCCUUCAUAUUGUCCACUAACAAAGUUCAGGAUCCCAAACUAAGAGCCCUAUGUAAAAAAAAAAUAAAAAAAAUUAGACUGUUUACACUUUUUUAUUUUUUAAUAAACCGCAAAUUGUGGGAAAUCUAAAUCCAAAUUGCAAUUUUAGUACUUAAACGCUUGUUUUCCGUUGUCAUCUUCAAAAUAUGACAUAUCUAAUUUGUCUUCAUAAUCAAGAAUACUAGUGGAAGCUUUAACUAUAUAAUUAUUGCUAAAAUAUCACUUGUGCUUAUUGUUUAACAUUUUACCACUAGAUGUUGAAGACCUUCAAUUUACUGAAGUGAAUAAAACCUCCAGACUCCAAUCUAGACUUCAAAAUCAAAUGCCAGUAGUCUCUGAGCCAAAGGUAGUUCAAUGUUCCAGCUUCAAGCAAUUGGAUGGUGCAUACAAGAUACCGGAAUUUCACCAACAAAACGGCAUCUUGCCAGAGAGUUCUAGCAGAUUUUCAUAUAUAUGUCCUAAUAAACUGCAGGCAGGCAACAUCGAAGAAGAAAUUUUUGAAGAGUAUAAUGAAAAAGUCAAUAACUGUUUUGAACCUACUGCUGAAAGACCUAGCAAGUGGACAAAGUAUGAGAGUGUCUCUCAUGGAAGUGUUGCAAAGAAUACAAGGGAAAAAAACAAAAAUGAGGACUUCUGUCCUCAAAGUGUUUUUGGAAAGGAGCCACAAGGGAUGGAAAACCAGCAGGACAGUGGUAUGGAUCCAACAUGUGUUGCUCCCCCCACUCUACGUGGCAAUCAUAGCAAUAAUGAUACUGGUUUACGAUUUGAACUACUUAGCAAACACCUUACUACAACUAAACGUAUUCCAUAUCAGUUGGUGAACAAGGGCCUACAAACUGGCAUAGCAGAAAAUGGACAGGUGUGUAAUCAUUAGCACUAAAUGUCAUUCAUGAAUAUGCAAUACAGCACGCAAGAAUGGCCUUCUCACUGUGGUAUUUCUAAAUGUAUAACUGUACUAUUCUUUACUCUGUAAAUCACAAGGCAUGGUAAUUUGAUUACUGAAUUAAGAAGGGUUGUUGUAAUUAUACUCAAUGUUGGACAUACUAAAAAAUAUAUUGAUCUUAUUUAUGUUUUAAGCAGCAUUAUAAAAAAAAAUCACAUUCCUAUUUUCUAAUUGCUUUUAAGAAUGUAUGUAUUGUUUCCUUUCCAAGAUGUCUCUCUCUUGUGAUCUGUGCUUUCCUAAAAGGGAAACUGUGCUCUCUGUAAGCGUGCCUAAAAGAAAAUUAAGAAUUCCAGUUGCAUUCCAGUCUGCGGCUCAAUAUAAACAAGUCUUCACUGCUUCCCUUACAGGUAGGUAUUAUCAAUGCAUAAUUUUAAAAUGCACUUCCUAUGAGUGAGUAAUGUCUCCUUUAGUGAUGUCCCGAACGGUUCGCCGAAUGGUUCGCCACGGACUCAUCAUUGAGUAAACUUUGACCCUGUACCUCACAGUCAGCAGACACAUUCAAGCCAAUCAGCAGCAGACCCUCCCUCCCAGACCCUCUCACCUCCUGGACAGCAUCCAUUUUACAUUCAUUGUGAAACUGCAUUCUUAGUGAGCUGUCCAGGAGAUGGGAGGGUCUAGGAGGGAGGGUCUGCUGCUGAUUGGCUGGAAUGUGUCUGCUGACUGUGAGGUACAGGGUCAAAGUUUUCCGCAUAUGUUCGCCGUCCGCGGCAAACCGUUUGGCGAACCGUUCGGGACAUCACUUGUCUCCUUACGUAAUGUGGACCUGCAUUGUUUGCUUCUCAUAUUGCAUAUAGAAGACAUUUCAGAGCAAUAAGAUAACAUUUUCAACACUGCACACUGUUAUAAUCUUUUUAUUUGAAGUUAGAAUUGAGUACAUUGCUCAUUUUUAGAAAUCAUGUUCCAGACUAGCUAAUGAUGCUGUGUGGAUGAGUUGUGCUGAAAUUCUGCACAUACGUAGUCCAAGCACCAUGACUACUUCAAAUCAAUGUGGUCAAUGUUGUUGGAGUAAUCCUUUCACUUAUUUGACACACAUCCAAUAUGCAAUGUAGGUAUGUUAGGCCUUUGACAAAUUUGUACACUGGAAUAAAAACAGCAUACCUUGUUAUUUAAGAUUGUAGGCUGGCACACAGCAUAAUCUAUAAAAUAAGAUAAGUUUCUGAUUUGUUUAUCUGUGCUUUCAUCACCAUUGUUCUGACAUCAACCAACAUGAGCUUAUAUUUAACCAUUGCUUUUGCACACAUUUUAAAGUGUCUGCUCUUUUGUGUUUUCAUGUAGAGCAUUUAAAUAUAAUGAUGUUUGAGUUGUCCCAGCGACUGCACAAGGCUUUCUCCAAAGCAGAUAUAUCUUUCUACAGUUCACCAAGUGAGGAGGAGUACCAUGAUAACACUUCUAAUACUCCCCAUUGUCUGCACCAACAGCCAGCAAAGCUUUUAAUGGUUAAAAAAGAAGGCCCCAAUAAGGUAAUUUAUUUGUUUUACUGUUAUAAUAUUUGGGAUUGAUAUUGAUGGUUUUAAUUUUUGGCAUGUACACAUCUAAAAUAACCACUCAUAGCUGAAAGGGACAUAGAUAUACAGAAGGUUUACAGUGGAUAAAUGAUUCUGUCUUUUUAGGGACGUUUCUUUUAUACUUGCGAUGCUCCCAAAGCAGACCAAUGUAAGUUCUUCAAAUGGAUGGAGGAAGUAAAAUGUACAAAUCAAGCACUGGGACCCUCCGAUCACAAGACUGUAAUGAGAGAUAUGAAGAGUUUGUCUAGUUAUAUCAGAUGUCAGAAUAUUGCCCUGUAUGAAGAAAGUCAGAUUAUAUUUAGGUAUGUACUAGUAAGUAUUUUAAAAACACAUCAAAGUUGAACAUUAAAGUACCUUGUAGUGGUAGCAGCACUGGCAAAACAUUUUGCUACUAGUGACCCCAGCAGCAAUACUUUGCAUGUGAGAGAAAAACACCUUUUGGAACAGUCGAGAAUCUUAUUACCAGUACUGAAACAGUAUUAUUCCUUUAAAAGAUACUCCGACAUAUUAAUCCGUUCUCAAAACAUUUUGUAAACCACUCUGUGUGCCUCAGUCUCAUCAGCUGCCAACUGUACAUCCAUGCAGCUGAGAGAGGAAAUGAGAAAACAGUUAAAGUUGCCUAUGUGGUGUCAACACCGUGCACAUACAAGUUAGAUAAAGCUAUAAUGGAUAUUGUAAAGAAGGAUAUAAAAUAUUUGAGGAGAUGCAGCAAUCUCAUAGCGGUAUUAAAUGUUACAAAUUACUGCAAUUGUAAAUCACCGUAGGAAGGAAAGCAGGUAACAUCAUGCUCUCUGCAACAUAACCUUCAUUAAGGUUGAAAAGUUGUUAUGGUGCUUAGUAGUUCCUGUUUAUAUUUGUAACUUAACUAUGUUUGCAUGUAUUUUUGAUAUACAUGUAAGCACUCAAGUUCUUGGGCAGGUGAUUGCCCAAGGUAAAACACAAAUUGGGAGAAAUCUGAUGAGAUACCCUAUUAACAUAAUACGAGAAGAUCUUCUUGAACUGUUCCUUCAUUGUAGAAUACAGUAUAUUUCUGAACUGCAAUCUCACCCUUGUGUAUUUAUAUGCAUAUAUCAAUAACUCGAUUGUGGUUCCCAUUAGUUUCUAGGAAAUCUGUUAUAAUAAUGUCUUUUACAGGAAAAUAUCUGGAUUUCAUCGAAGACAGCUUGGCAAGUUUAAAAAAAUUGUUAAUGCUGAUUCAACAUUUGGAGAUGAAUCAAAAACCAAAAUUUACCUUAAAUUAAGCAGGAAAGGUAGCUCUUCAACAUACAACAAAGGUAAUUCAAUAUGCUUUGCAUUGUCUAAGUAAAACAACGACAAAAGAACCACUUUUAAGAGCUGGUCACGUUUUAUUUUGCUGUCUUUUUAACACAGAAUUGUAUAACUGUAAGCUUCACUGUCUUUAAUUAUUUGAAUUGCUGAAAUGUACUAAGCUGUGUAUAUCUGACUUGCCUCUUCUCCACUAAAAAAUAUAUAUAUAUAUAGUAACUGUUUUUUAUUAAAUUACCAAUUUCAUAGAUGACCUUUGGGUUAUUUCCAAGACCCUUCAUUUUGAGCCCCUGGACACUUUUAUUGCUUGCAGUGUUUUCUUUGGACCUUCAGCUAAUAAUGACAUAGAGAUCUUUCCUCUUAAAGGAUAUCACCCUUCAAACUGGCCAUCAAAUAGUAAGUCAUUUUACUUUACGCUAAUACACAUUUAUGUUCGUUUGUGUAUUUUAUUUUUACAAAUGGAAGUGCCAUUUCCUCCUUAUACUGUUAGCACUAACUAUAAAGCCUUAGACAUUUCCCUAUCAGAGUUAUGCUAAUCGUAUUUAUGACUUCUUAGUUUUCUCACCUAGCAGAUGGGAAGCAUGCAUAGUUUUCAGGUUAUAGACGAGAAGGGAAACUUAAAUUGAAUUUCAAUUCAAAUUAAUAAUCUACCUCGAUUUAUAUAAUUUUGGUUAUUUAAAAGUGAUAAUAAUGUAGCGCUUCAUACAAAAUAAAGUAUAUAAUACACAACAUAAAGUAUAUCACUUUAAAGUGCAUGUGCUAAAGCUUUAUAUUCCUUAGUGCAAAUCACAAGUGUCACCGUUCAAGUGCCAAAAAAAUAACUUAAAGGAACACUAUAGGGUCAGGAACACAAACCUGUAUUCCUGACCCUAUAGUGUUAAAAACUCCAUCUAGCCCCCUCUUGCCCCACCCUUUGCAUCCCUAAAUAUAGUAAAUUCUUACAUUUAUUGCAAUCUGCUGCUGCUGGCUCUGCCCCUGAUCUGCCUCCCUGACUGACAUCAUCAGAAGUGCUGAUCCAUCAGAAAGCAUCAGAUUGGCUGAGAUUGUCAAUUCUGAUGAUCUCAGCCAAGGAGGCCGGCCGAGGGUGGAGUCAAACACCGCCCUUGUCAGUUAGCAUCUCUUCAUAAAGAUUUGUUAAAUCAAUGCAUCUCUAUGAGGAAAGUUCAGUGUCUCCAUGCAGAGGGUGGAGAUACUGAAUGCCAUUGUCCCACGAACCACCCCUUGUGGCCAAAUGAGGAAUGGCCACUGUAGGUGUCCCUAGGCUGUAAUGUAAACACUGCAUUUUCUCUUAAAAUACAGUGUUUACUGCUAAAAGCCUGCAGGGACUGACUAUACUCACCAGAACAACUACAUUAAGCUGUAGUUGUUCUAGUGACUAUAUAGUGUCCCUUUAAUACUUAGCAAUGAUUGUAAACUUUGGGAUGGUUGAAACCUUAAAAAAAUUUAAUGGUAUAUACAGUCGUGCAAUAUUUCAAUAAUAUUAUAAAACACCCAUAUAGGUUUAAAUGCAAACGCCCACUCAUGUGAACUAGUGUCUGAAAAAUGUCUCUAUUUCUUGCGCUUUGGAGACUCCUCCUCUCUUUGGUUUCCAUGUGGAACUUCAAAAUAAGAACAGGUAGAAAGUAUGUGGUGUAGUAUGUUCAGGAAACCACAAACUUACAAAAGAGAUUAAGAAACACAUAUGUAUUGUAGAAUCUCCCUUUGGCUUAUCAAAUGUGUAGUGCGUCUACCUUGGGGUACGCCACCCUUAGUAGUUUUGCUGCUGUACAGAGUCAUUUGGACAACAUAAUUUGCACAUUAUUGACCAAAUUUAACAAUAUCCAAAUUUUCGUAAACAGGCUCCAAAUGAACAUUAGUAGCCAGUGAGCAAAUUGUUAAAAAAAUAAGUAAUUCUCUUCAGUAGAAGGCUUAAUCAUGUGGCGGCUGACUAGCGCUUGCUAGCCAGCCAACACAUUAAAAAAGGGAAAAAAAUCAAAUGUAACCUUAUUGUCAGUGUGACACGCAGGAGAGGCUCAUCCAUAGGAGAGAUGUUUCACAAUUUGUUUUAUUUGCAAUAGUUUAAAACACUAAGAUUCUAUGGGGGAAUAGGGGACUAUUGGGAAGAAAGUAUAUUCAUUUACUCCAGUCAUUGCCUAGGUGUAUGUCAAAGUUUCAAAAUAAUACAAAUAAUCUUUGUCACUUUCAUUCUAUUAUAAGUUUUAGUUCUGCAGGGCCCCUUCCACCUUAUUGGUGUCAGCUUGGAGAAGCUUUCUUGAGCGCAACUAGGCAUGUGGAAAAAAUUGGACAGAUUUGAAAUCUGUUUUCUUUCAGCAGGUUUUGCAUAUGCCUAGUCUCCUUUAAUAAGAACAUUUCAGGGGCCUCCCAUUGAGUUGCCAUUCAGGCAGCAGCUGCCCAUGAGUGGAGGCAUGCUGUGUAUAGUGUAGGCUCAAGAUGCAAGGGUGGACUCUGAGCAUAGUCCGACACCAGGGAACAAAGUUAGGACUUUCAGCUAAGGAGCCAGUGGCUGCUCACUGUAACUAUAAAGUCAUGACUUGGCAGCCAUUGCUGCCCAGUCAGUAGAAAGACCCCAUUCUAAAGUCGGGAGAUAGGCUGCAUCCCCAUAUAAAAUAAUGGGGAGACCUGCACAUGACCAGCAGGUAUGAACUAUUAUUUAAAAUCCAUGGGGGAUAUCCUAAGGACCUAAGGUGCCCCUAGAUCCUACCCAUGGGCAGCAGAUGGGGUUUAAUAAUAGCAUAUACAAGUGGGGGGUGAAAAUAUCAGUGCCUCCCUCCACCUGGCAGGAGCUCUCAAGCCCAUAGCCAUCCCCAAAAUAAAGAAAAUUUUCCUACCACAUUAUAAUUUAAUUUAAAUGGUUUGUUCUUUAAGAUUAAACAUUAUGUUGUAAGACUUCUUUUUUAGUAAAUUUCUUGUCUCCUGGAUGCGGCUUGUAAUAUGUCGGCCAAACCACUGGCAAAUUUAAGGUGAGAAAUAAAUUAAGAAAAAGUGUAUAGGCGCUUCAGAAGUCUAAUGUGCACUAUGCUUAGCUGGUUAUAAGUGCUCCCCUAGCGCUAUAAAUAAAUGCAAAAGUAAACAAAGUAACACCAACAAAUAUAAUACGAUAAUAUAUAUAGAAUACUUUAAAUUUAAACAGUACAUUCAGUACAAUUUCACAAGCAGAUUAUAUUAUGUCUAAAAGAAAUACAAAAAGCAUAUACUGUAGCAUAAAACUCUAUAUCAACCGGGGGGGCUUGACCUUGGAGCCAAGCAGACAUGUAUCCCUACAGCUCCUGCACUAUACAGCACAUUAAGCCGCAUAGCAACGAGUGAAUGCUGAUACCCGACAAAUUUUGGUACCUAAACGACAGGGGACCAUAAAACCUACCCAACAAUACCACAUAUGGGGAACUACUUAUCGUCUCCGCCAGAACGGAUCUUGCGGUCUACAAGCAUGGACAGCGCAGGGGAGGUGGCCGCUCUCCAACUGCCACAAUAUGCUGUACACUCCAGCCUGGUUCCCCCCCACCCCCGCUAUGGACCAGCAGGGGUUAUCCCGAUCCCCAUUGACCCGAUGCACAUAUCACCAAGGGCCCGCGGCUGUAUUCUAUAGUCCAAGUUACAAAUACAUUGUCUUGCAAGAUGGCAGACGCACCCCAACAAGCAGUACCUACACUAACACAGCCUGGUGGGAACUGUCACAAUCUUGUGGAGAACUCACUCUUGCAAAUAGACAAGCUGUUCCAACCAUUUUGGGACCAUCUGGAGCAACGCAUCUCACAGACGCCACUUAACACUGAGAGAGAGGUGAGGAGAGCUGAGAAGUUUAGACGGAGUUGGGCCUCUCUUGGACAAUUCCUACAUCCCUGCACCCACUACUUGUGCCAAAUGCUGACCUAGGCCGAAAGCCACACGGAGAAAGCCUCAGCAGCAUCGCCGACAUCACCGUAAGAGGCAGAACAUCUGGACCUUCCGUAGCGUUCAUAAUAGGGAAGACCCAGUCUCAAAGAACUCCUGAGUCUGUGAAACACAGGUGCUCACUUUCCAUAGGGCGUGGAGCCUUCUCACACUUUCGACUUGCCACCCCCCUUGGAAACAUCAGGUUCAAGGUGCCUCCAUACUCCGUAUGGGUCUUGGUUGACUGUAGACUUUAUGGUUUGCAAAACCUGCUUGCUAACACCCCUAACGUGUGCUCCCCUACUAGUAUCGGACACCCUUUGUCUCAUCCAAGUUAUAAUGUCUCUUAGGCUUUUCCUAUGUAGACGAGUGAGCCAAGCCUUUACUUUGUACAACUAGUUUUGUCUACUACUCUCAUGUCUGCUGUACCCAAUCUGCAUAAAAGUUUACCCAAUGACAUGCAUUAGACACUUGUGCCUAGCAUGCUUUAGUUAAGAAUCUUUCUGACUUAACUAUGAUGCUGACUGCAACGAGAAUGUAUGCUAAUAAGCCUUUUUUUUUUUUUAAUUCUUUAUUUUGGGUGUGCACAGAGUUAACAGUUAGCCUUGGUGUGCCACAACAGCAACAUCAGGUACAAUUGGUAAACAUUGGUAAUACAUGUCAUGGCAUUCGUUAUGCAGGCACAGUUUUUAAUAUGAUUUCUUUUGGUGAUUCAGCAAAAUGCACAUGUCAUGAGAGAAUAUGCAGAGGAGAGACAUAGGAAGAGAACAUGACUUGUGCAGUGAUUAUGUAAACAAGGUUAUGUGUACAAGAUUCUACAGUUAGGUUCAUGCUAGGUUGAUUAACGUGGUGAUUGUACUUCUCUCAUGUCUGCCUAAGCGGUGAUUGAGUGGUUACAUGCUAUGCUAGACUUAAACUAGGGUGUGGGUGGCUUGAAAGCAGAGCUGAAAACAUAAAAGCAGUGUCCACAGUUUAGAGUAUACUUCGAUGUUUGAAGUGUCCACCCCAUGCUGGCCCUGUGUCAGCCAGACGAGUAUCCGUGUAGGUAUGUAGGCGACCCUUCUUUACGCGGUGAAGAUUUUUUUUAGUGGAACAAAGGCUUGGUGACUGCAGGAUUAUUUAUAGUCCCGUUGGGUGUCGUUAUAGGGGUUGCGAUGUUCCCUUUGUGGGGCAUUAUGCUGUCCAGCUGGGUGUCUGUCUUGGACAUGAGGCGUGGGAAGGAUGUGAGAGGAGUCCCAGUAUGGCAUCUGUAGGUGGUCAGGCCGAACGGUCUCCAUCAUGUGCGAUGGGGAUCGCCCCUCCGGGGGACUAGAACCUCGCGGCAAGCCUCUCCCCAGAACCAGGGCUGCCUCUUGCACUAGGGUACUGCUGUCAGUCGUUGGGUAAGUAUAAUGCUGGUUUUUAGAGGCUUAGAUUAGGGAGAUUUGUAGGAGCUACUCCACUGUGCGUCCUCUCUUCAUGGCGGUCCGGCCCUGCCCCCUGCUAAUAUGCCUUUUAACAUGGUCCCACAAUGUAUAGUACACCAAUAACACAUGCUUAUCCAGCCAGUUCACUAAACAAUGCAGUUUCUCUUGUUUCCUUACUUUUCCUUUACUUUCCCAGAGUGAGUGUUGUUCUACCAAAUGUCAUGGUAUCAUUUAUGUUGAAUUGUCUCCAGUAGCUUGUAACAGCUGUUGUCGCAUUACAGGCCAGUAUGUUACUCCAAGCACCAAAAAAAUUAAGAUUUACAAAAAAAAAAAAAGUAUAUCAACAGUAAUGCUAAAUGUAGAAUGGAAUGGCACUCACUUGCCCCAAAGCCAUACUGGGCUUUGUAGAGAAAGCCUUAGGGUGCCUAUACAGGCUUGGAUAAAUGCUCCUCAAUAGUGGGACACAGGAACUCUAAUGUAAAAGUAAGUAUUAUUUAUUGUACUAUAAGGAUUAAAAACAGGAUAUUUAAUAAAAACAAUAAAAUAAUAUAGUAGGUGCUCCUAAUUAUAGUAGUGAGAGUGCUGUAUAGCAAAUGUCCAAAGAGAUAGGUUCACCGCCAGCAACACCGCAAAGUAAGAGAGUCUCCGUCUGUGCAGGCAGGUUUCGAUCUUCCACAAGUCUUCUUCACGUGCACAGGUCGAAAGGUGUCUGCACAGAAUGCAUUUAGCAUUACUGUCGAUAUACAGUUUUACACUAUGUUUUUUGUAUUUGUUUUAGUUAUAUGAUAUUCCAUUUGUGGAACUGCACUCAACACACUGUUGAAAUUCUAAGUAUUCUAUAUAUAUAAUCAUUAACUGAGUGUAUUAUUUUUGCUGGUGUUUCACUUUGAUUAUUUUUGCAUAAAUUUAAGGUGAGGUUUAAGGAACACUGUCUGCUAUGUCCAAUCCUAAGUCUAAUACUUCCAUUAUAGUUUAUUAUGAGCAUGAAAACAUUGAUACUUAUUUCUGUAUAUUUUACCUUUUAUCAAAUAUAAACAUUAGGCGGUUUCUUUUCCUUGUCUUCAGGCGUUGUCCAUGCAUUGCUGGUUUGCAAUGCAAGUGCAGAGCUGACAUCGCUCAGAAACAUACAGGAGCACUUUAACCCAUCCACGUUACCACUAAUGCCUCGCCUUCUGGAAAUGUAAGUGAUUAUGGAUUAUGUAAAUCUGGCAUUUUUUGUGAAUCACUAAAGACUGUUUAAUCCAAAAACUCUCCCCACCAUUUUCAACAAAUCUCAUACGCCAGUUAUGUGUAGAUACCUUCUCGACACAUUGAGGUUCUACUAUUACCAACUCUUGACUUUUGGGACAUCAAGUUCCUGGUAGAAUCUCAUAUAUGUUUUCAGUUUAGGAAAAAAAUACUUCUUAGUCCAUUGCAAAAUACAAAGUGGAAUCGGAGGAGAAUUAAUAGGCUGUUGCAGAUUGGAUGUAAUUGCAGUUGUCACAGUUUAAUUAACACACACUUAAAAUUACUUAAGGUGGUCUCGUUAUCGAGAAGAUCUCAAUAGCUCUUUCCGAUAACUGGAUUAUUUUUCUAUAAUUGAGGGGAGCCAUACUCCCCAAAACACCCUUGUAAUUCAUAAAACCAGUGUUUCAACAGUUUAUUUUUACAAGUUAAUGAAAAAUACUAGUUAUGCACACUUUUCUAUUCCUUACCCUCUCACAAACUAAAUUUCUUACUUUGCUACUUAUCUUACUCUGCACUAAACUACUUUCUUUCUUGCCGCGGGUGGGAGUGCCGGGGGUGGGAUGUGACAUGAAAAAUUACUACAAACACCAGCUACACUAGUUACCUCUUAAGAUAGACUCUUCCUCUUAAACUCGCCAAUGGUUCUACGAGUCUCCUCAUUAAACAUAAAAGCCCUUAACUCUCCCAACAAAAGACAACUCCUGUUCCUGGACCUAAAGAAAAAAGGAACAGAUAUUGCAUUUAUUCAGGAAACACACCUACCUAGAGCAUCCCAGAUCCAUCUGAGAAAUCGCACAUGUGACAGAACAUUCACAUUCGGAGCUCUGAACAAGAGAAACAAGGUGGCAAUAUUGUUACAUAAAAGGUGCACAUUACAAGUUACACAAACACAGGUAGAUCAGGAAGGUUGCUACUUGCUAGUUACAGGGACAAUAUAUUCAAUGACCAUGCCCCGUACCAUGACCAUCUCCUCUAUCAAUAGGUCCCAAACGCACUAACUAUAGUCAAGCAUUCUGGGAUCAUCUGAUUAGUUUGAUUCAGGUGCUACCCCAUAUAGCUUGGUGGGAGGAGACUUUACUGCAGUGCUGCCAACAGAAGCAUUAGACAAGGAAUGAUGUGCUCACAGGAGAACAGAGGAGAGGAGGACAGGAUGAUCAUUGCAUUGGAGAGCCUAACAUCCAGACUAAAUUGACUAUACAUACAGUGAAAAAAAGAAAGUUACCUGAGCUCUCGCUUAAAUCCCUAUGUAUAGUUAAACAAAUGGAAGUUAUUGAGUUACUCCAAUGGCCAUUGGAGGGAAUGCCCGCCUGCCCCGUCAAGGCAAACCCCCUCAGGUGGGUCCUACACUAACCUUUCACCUUGCUUCCUUGAACUUCUUUUGAGCUCAUGAAGCAAGGUGAAAGGGAGCUUUCAGGGUAAAAAGUAAACUUUGAAAACUCAGUUGCUACACUCAUAUACCUGUCAGUGGCGGUAAAAAUAAAUAUCCUCCUUAGAAUACUCUUUCUUUUCCAAGCACUACCAAUAACGGUUAAAAAAAAAUAUUUGCUAAGCCCACAAAGAGCUAUUGAUAAUUUUUGUAUGGCAAAAAAACUAAAUAAACAACAAAGCCCAAAACUUAUUAUAUAAACCUAAAGUCGGGGGGGGACCUAUAAUACUUGUUAACUCAUUCAGCCCAAGUGAUAAGAUGGCACUCACCAUCUGACAGUAGAAGAUGGGUGUAUCUAGAGUCUCUUCUCAUGUGGCAGGACUUGCCAUUAUUUUACAUAAGCAUACCUAGAGAUCACAGGAUCCUCCUCAGAACCUCAUGUCUAGCAAUUCUAAGCUCCUUAAAAAUUACUCCUGUGCUGCGAAACAGGGACUUUUUACCAGGCAUGAGAGAAAACACAGGAGUGCAGAGAUAUGUUCACUUAUAUCCACUUAUAUCAAGACAAUAAAAUUGGCUUGUUUCAACAAAUAAAAACUGACACAGACCUCAGCACCAAAGAUUACUUUAGAUAUUUACAAAUACGUAACUUCGCUUCAUUACCACUAGGAUUCAGAAUUAAAGGAAUGGGGAGCAUUAAAAUACAUGCAUUAAUGGUAGAAAGGCCUUGGGGGUCAUUGAAAGGAGAAGAGUGGGAGGAAAUUUGGGAGCCUGUUCUAAAUCAUCUAUAUGCAAAAACCACACAACAACAAUCCUAUAAAACAUUAUUCCAAUGGCAUACAACACAAGUACAAUUAUGCCACAUGGGAAGGUUGCCUUGAGAUUCAUGUUUGUGUCUGUGUAGUCACAGAGGCUCAUAAACUCAUAUGUGUUGGCUCUGCCCAAAGGUAAUGGUAUAUUGGUCAAGCGUUGCUAUCCCAGGUUUUCCAUAGACAGAUACUCCUAAAUGCAUGGUCCUUUUUGUUAUCAAAAUGUUUUGAUGGCUUUCAAGGAUGCAAAAAACAACUUGUUAAUACAAUCACACUAGCAGCUCACAGCGCCCGCCCGGAGUCAGGUAUGAUUACAAAUUGAAGUCCCAAAUAUGGAAGCAGUACUAAGUCAAACAAAAGAUAUGUAUAUUAUGGACAAGCUAAAUGCCUAGGUCUGAUAUUCAAUGGGCUCCUUCCAAAAAUACAUGGUAGCUUUGGGAGUCUUACUGUCCCACCUGAGGAGGUAAGGACCAGGGUGCAUAGAGAGAUCUUUCCAGUCACGGGGUACCUGACCCUCCCUCCUCCCCUUCUUGGCGGUUCUCUGAAUAACUCCACAGCUUUUCCUCUUCUCACCUCUAACUACGUUCUCUGCUUUAUUUUUUUAAUCUAAUAAUUAUUAUUGCCAAAAUGAGAGGCACAUCCUGGAUUAUAGCCUAUGUGUAGUGUUAAAGUCAGACAGAUGAAAUACACAUGAAAAAAAGGCAAAAUAUAUUAUACACCACUAGCAGCACAGUAGAAUUGGUUUUAACUUUGUUAAUUUCUUUAUUAGUUCUUUUUUUAAAUGCAUUUAAAAAAAAACGCAGACUGAGAUAUGUUCCUUUUAGAAAAGCAUGCCACCUCAGAACUGUUUUAUUGGUUCAAAACAUUGCAAUCUUUAUCUUAAACAUUGUUGUGUAAUGAUGCAAUGCGUCUUCAUGUCAAGUGUAUGAAACAAACUGACUGUCCAAAAAUAAAGAAUUUUACAUAAAUAAAUUCAUAUGGCAAGUUCUUUACAGUAAUAUUUUGAAAGCAAACAUAUAUAGUAAAUACACAAAGAGUACAACAAUGAAAGAGCAAAUAUAUGAAUCGGUAUUUAAUGUCGUGCCUCAUUUGCUAUUCGUGUCAUAUCUUUAAACUGGAGUACAUUUGAGUGGACUGAAGGUUAGUUUUAUAUUUAACUUUUCUUAUUCCGCUGCAGGAACAGUAAGCCAGCAAAUUUAGGAAAAGUAACCAGAGGGAGAUUUAAUCCACCGAACCUUAUUGCGAAAGUCUCCCACAAACACAGGCUUCCUGAUUCCGACUUCGUACUGGAUUUAUCAGUGAGCAUGAUUAGACAGUUUAGCUUAAAUGAAGACCAAGCAGCCGCUUUAAUGAAAAUAGCACAGAUGAUGACUGCUGCUGAUGCACAUCCGGAGCCACAGCCCCAGCCGAUCACAAUUAUACACGGUAAAUCACUGAAUUUUACAUAGUUGUAGAAUUAUCUCAAUAAAAAUACAGGUGUUGCUUAUUCCCUGAUACACACCAAUUAAACUAGGCAUUGUAAAAAAUAUUUGUAUUCCAAUAAACUUGUAUGAUGAAUUUCUAAUUUAAUUAACAUACAAAAAAAAAAUACAGGACUUUUCUAAUGCUUUCCAUCCUAACCCUUUAAGGACCAAUGUCUAUGUUGUCAAAACUAUUUGUUAUGUAAAUAUCAUUUUGCUAAAUGGAAUGAUAUACUCAGAUUAAAAAAGUGGUUUGGUGUGUAGAUCGUGGCCCUGUAGUCUCACUGCUCAAUUUUCUGCCAUUGUCUAUUAAAGGGGCACUGUAGUAUAAGGAACUCAAACACGUAUUCAUGACAGUAUAGCUCUAAAACCACAGUUUAGGUGUUAGGCACUCCUAACCUUGGGUUAGAAAGGUGAUUUUACUCCCCCUUUUCCAGCGCCACGAGGGGCUCCUCAUAUCUUGCCCCACUUCUCAUCUGCCUCCUUUGCAUAAUCAGAUUUCCUUAUUUCAGCCAAUCCAAUGCUUAACCAUAGGAAAGCAUUGGGAGGCUAUUGCACAUGCGCCGCAAAACGCUGCGCCAAUCAGCAUCUCCUCAUAGAGAUGCAUUGAUUUAAUGCAUCUCUAUGGGGAACAUUCAGUGCCUCCAUGCAGGGUGUAGAGACACUGAACUGCAGUGAUGCACACUGUGCAGCACUGCCCCAGGGAGCACCUAUAGUGACCGUCUGAGGCGUGGCCACUAGAGCUGUUCCUAUGCUGUAAUGUUUACAUUACAAAGCCUGCAGAAUAAAGCAGUCACACAAGAUUCCAAGGGCAGACAGACCAAUUUGUGCAUAGCAUGAAUUGAGUACAAGAAAGCCUAUGGCACAAUACCAUGCACAUGGAUACUUGAAUGCUUGGCUCUGUACACGAUCAUCAAGACACUUCGAUCAUCAAGAGCGUUUAUCAAGAACUUAUUGAGCAGGUAGAGAAUGACCCUAGAAGCCAAUUCCAGAAUAAGUGCACAAGCGAAUGUCAAAUGUGGCAAAUACCAGGUUGAUGCAUAGGCCUCAACCACAUUAGCCAGAUCAUCAUAAAAAAGGGAAUACGCAAACAGGAUCAAGAAUGGAGUUACCAUUAGCCACCUCCUCAUUUGGAAAACCUCAAGCUGUAUUGCAAGAAUGAGCAGGUAUUGACUCACUGAUCCACAUAAUUAGAAUAUGCAACAAAGAUAUUGAAAUGUUGUUUGGACUAGAUAAGUAUGGGCAGAUGAUGGCAAAAAGAAGGAAGGUGAACAAUAGGAUACCAAAUAGGAGACGUGGAGUAGAAUAAUACCUGAAGAGGCAAGGAGGAUACCAACAACCAAGUACAUUCAGAGAGUAGGACAGGUCCUGAAAUCCCAGCUCAAUGGCAAGAACAUGAUCCAUAUCAUCAACACAUACAUCCUAUCUGUCACUAUGUACCCAGCUGCAAAAAUAACCUGGCCAAGAGAAGAGCUGGAUAUCAUAGAUAUCAAGACCCAGAAACUACUCACAAUGAAUGAAGGAUUACAUCCAAAAUCCAGCACCCAGAGAGUAUAAAUUAGCGAACGAAAGGAACUUGGUCAGGCCUGAUGAGUGUCAAGGCUAGAGUCCUGGAUGAAAUACAGAGGAUCCACAGGUCCAUCACGAAGAUGACUCCCAAAGAUGACAUAGACAACAUAGAAUGUGAUGGCAGAUGAGAACCAUUCGUCCCAUCUAGUCUGCCCAAUUUUCUAAAUACUUUCAUUAGUCCCUGAUCUUAUCUUAUAGCUAGGAUAGCCUUAUGCCCAUCCCAAGCAUGCUUAAACUCCUUCACUGUGUUAACCUCUACCACUUCCGCUGGAAGGCUAUUCCAUGCAUCCACUACCCUCCCAGUAAAGUAAUACUUCCUGAUAUUAUUUUUAAACCUUUGCCCCUCUAAUUUAAGACUGUCCUCUUGUUGUGGUAGUGUUUCUUCUUUUAAAUAUAGUCUCCUCCUUUACUGUGUUGAUUCCCUUUAUGUAUUGAAAUGUUUCUAUCAUAUCCCCCUGUCUCGUCUUUCCUCCAAGCUAUACAUGUUAAGAUCCUUUAACCUUUCCUAGUAAGUUUUAUCCUAUAAUCCAUGAACCAGUUUAGUAGCCCUUCUCUGAACUCUCUCAAAAGUAACAAUAUCCUUCUGGAGAUACCGUCUCCAGUACUGCAUACAAUAUUCCAAGUGAGAACUCACAACAUUAUGAGCACUUCACUCUUUCUACUGCUAAUACCUCUCCCUAAACAACCAAGCAUUCUGAUAACAUUUCUUGCUGCUCUAUUACACUGUCUGCCUACCUUUAAGUCAUCUUAAAUAAUUACCCCUAAAUCCCUUUCCUCAGAUGUUGAGGUUAGGACUCUCAAAUAUUCUACACUCUGCCCUUGGGUUUUUACGUCCAAGAUGCAUUAUCUUGCACUUAUCCACAUUAAAUGUCAGUUGCCACAGCUCUGACCAUUUUUCUAGUUUACAGCAACCAAUACUUACAUAGGAUGAAAAGAGACAUGCGUCCAUCAAGUUUAGCCUUCCUCAUAUUUGUUUUUUGCUGUUGAUCCAAAAGAAGGAAAAAAAAAGUUUGAAGCACUUACUGUGACAAAACCCACUAUUUUGCUUGCAUAGGAGAUAUCCUCCUCCUAAGUUCUAUAACAGGUUCCUGAACCCCAUUCAUCUUUUCCCUGUUCGGGAACUACCAUCUCCCGAACACCGACCACCCCUGGCUCAUUAAACAUCAAAGAAAACCACAGAAUUAGGUGCUCUCUCUGUAUGGCAAAAAUGCAGGCAGCGGGACCUGGUUAUCGAGUGUCUGUAACUACAAGUCGGACACUCGACCACAUGAACACUGGUGAAAGUAUACGAACGCCUGCUUCUUUCAGUGACAAGCCAGGAGAGCGGUGUUCGGUAGGUUUGUUCGCACGAACAAGGCGAACAAAUGCUACCUAUGAGCCAGGGGAUCCGUUCGACUUUUUGUAAGUUUUUGAACUCCUGAAACUGACAGACCGCUACCCCUGAAACUCUGGAACUGAUUUGGGAAGACGCCUCAUGUGUGGUCGGUCAAAACUUUGCCCCAUGGCGAUUCGGCUGAAUUUGUGGGAUCUGGACAACUUGGAUUCUCAGAACCAGGCUAUCCGGGGAUAAAAUAAUUGUGGGGGUUCCUAUAUGUUUUUUUAUGUAUUUUUAUAUUUUAUGUUUUUAUGCUGAGUCCCUCUGACACAGAAUAUUGUGUAGACAUUCUGUGGGAGUGUUCUGGGUGUAUUUUACUGCCUCCUUGUUUUGUAUAUGAGUGGGACAGUUGGCUGUAAUAAACACAUUCGUUUCUACCCUUCAUUAAGGCAGAUGUUGGGGAACUUAGAGCUAUAAUCACUAUUUUGCUUGGGAGUCUGAAGAUUUUUAAUGGAUAUACUCAGCCGGAGUAUAGGGGAUUUGUUGCACUUCGAAUUUUGCAAAAAAACUAGGGGAAAAAAUCCUCUCUUGACCCCAGAAUGGCAGUCCAUUUAAUCCAUGGAUCAAGAAGCAUUUACCCUACAUUGAAAAAUUACAUCCUUUAAUAUUCAGUUUUUGCAAGUAUGCAUCUAGUUGCUGUUUAAACAUCUGUACGGACUCUAAUAAAACCACUUCUUCAGGCAGAGAAUUCCAUAUCCUUAUUGUUCUUACAGUAAAAAAACCUUUCCUUUGCCUUAGACUAAAUCUUCUUUCUUCCAGUUUAAACACAUAACCUCGUGUUUUUGAGGUUGACAGCCAGGGGUGGUCAGUGUUCUGUGCCAAUAAAGAGGGGGACCACACAAGUUCUGUUCGGUCAACGAACAGGGGGAUACGUAUCAGUUCAGGAAAAUUAAACAUUCGGUUUGGGCAACAUCGGAAUGUGACAAGGUCCGCCACAGCGGCAAAUCAACAAAAGUGGGAGGUCUACCACACCAGACUGGACCCACCGUGCAGACUGUGCAAAAAGGUCUCCAAGACAAUCCAGGACAUAAUAGCUAGUAAAAUAUGUUAGCAAGGACAGCAUACUUUGGGAGAAUUGCUGGACUUAAGUAACGAAACAUCUGCUCAGAAUAUGGGAUGAAUCUGAAGUCUAGAUGGGAAACACCACAAAGGGCAGUUGAGGAUGAUAGGGCUAAGAUCUUGUGGUACUUCCAAAAGACUGCAGUGAUGGUGGAUGUGGCAAUACCGAGUGACCAUAACAUCUAAAAGAAUAAACAUGAGAGGUGGGAAGCGUUAGAUAUGUCCUCUAUUUUUUUAUUUAAUAUUUUAAUUGAGGGAGAAUUUACCAUCUGAGACAGGGGAAACUGGAAUGUAAUUAUUAUUCAUGUUACUUGUGGUGCAUCAUGGAAUACGUUUGCACAACAACUGCACUUUUAUUGUUAUUUCUGUUUUUCUACAUAUGAUGAUGUGUUUUUGCAGGCACACUGAGGUGAUUUUGCUGCAUGUUUUAGUGCAAAAGCUUAAAAUGCACUAUUGGUAAGAUGAUAUUGUGACUGACCGCCUGGCACCCCGACCGGGUGCCACUGUCAGUCGAUGCUCCUAGUGCUCACCGAGAGCUUCAAGCACUCCACCAGACACCAUCAGCACCGCAGUCCGCAUGUCCAGCGUUACAGCCUGGCUGGGAACCCGCCGUCCUACACAUGGACCCAAGACCAGGAUCCAGCUUCCAGUGGGUGAACCUCUCCUAUUUCAGAGAGCGUAGCAGGAACAGCUCUUAAAAGAGUUAGUGAUUAUAAUCCCAGGGGACUAUAGUGGCAUAGCAAUCCCCAGGGUAGAUACAGCCUUUUCCCCCACACAUGAGAUGAGACUCUAUGUUGAGGGCAAACCAGGAACUCAAUUUUAAUGAAGGCACACUGGCCUUUUAUGCAGGUUUCCCAACAAAGGUGACGCCCAGGUGGACCUUGUUGGGCACAGAGACACAAAGUGUACAAGCCAAUAGAAACAAUGUGACAAUAAAUGACACUCCCACACCCUGUGAUAUAAUUAAGGCAGAUAAUGCAUUAACUUAAUUAGGCAGAAAAAACACACAUUUUUAUAAAGUCCAAUAAGUACCCCAAACCACAACAUAUACCCAUAAAAGUUAUAUCCCCUGAUAGCCACGAUCUGGGUGAACAACAUAUCCAAAAAUCACCCAGAUCAUUUCAGGGGUUCAGGAAUGACCAACCAUGCACAUGGUCCUAUGCCCAAAACAGUUCCAGGGAAAUCAGUGCUAACAGUUGGUCAAGUUUGGUAGUCUUUUACAGGUUUCCCUGCAGGGACCAUAGUCUGUGGGAAGGAGGCUGGCAAGCAAGCCCCUCCAAGUACAAGUGGCGAGGUUCCUUUCGCCACAGAUAUUUAUUAUGUUUAUAUAAUUGUAAUACAUUUCUAGAUUGGGAAUUUAGAUGGCAUGCUGUUUUGGAGGUGUAGUUAAAGAAAUGUUUUUCUCAAAUUAAACAUUGCAAAUUACAUAUAAAGCUAGAGUCCAAAUGGAGGAGAACCUUGUAUAUAAUUAUCAGAAGGAGUCAAAUACUGUAAAAACGAUUACCUUUAGUAAAUAGCUAACAUUGAUGAAGCACAAUCAUAAAAAUGUGUAAAUCAUCCUGCAAUAGCUUGGUGAAUGUUUAAAUGUAUUUCUUUUACCAACUUAUAAAUAGUGCACAGCUUUUUAAUUAACAAAAUUCCAUGUACACUUAUGUAUAGGUUGUAUAAGGCACAAAGCAAAGUUCACUCCCGGUAUUUGCACUGUGUAUAUGCAAUCAUAUUCAUAUGCUCUUUGAAAAUAAAUUAUCAACAAUUCUGUUUGUUUUCUUUUUAGGAGUUUUUGGAGCUGGAAAAAGUUAUUUGCUGGCCGUGGUGGUCUUGUUCUUAGUUCAAAUAUUCGAAAAUACUGAUCAAGAUGUAGGAUCUGGAUUGUCUCCUUGGAAAAUUCUAAUUUCUUCAUCCACAAAUGUUGCAGUUGACCGGGUUCUAUUGGGGUAUGUUAAUUCCUGUGUUAUUAAUAUUGUUGUCAACUACCCAUCUCAAAACCGCAGAAUCCAUGGAUGCGUUUGCACAAUGUUAGUGUGCAUAAAAUAAAUGGAGGCUAACAAGCCGAAAUGGGCAACGAGGAUUGUUGGCAUAACACAAAGACUUCUGUCAGAGACCAGAAAAAGAAGUCAAUAUACCAGAGAACAGAACAAUCAGAUAACAAGCUUAGAUUAGCACAAGCCAAAGUUAAGAUACCAAAGAGCUGGAUAAUAGAAAGAUCUAUCAGGGUCACAGUAAACACUAUAAGACAAAAUAGUGACACUUUAGCAUAAUUGGUGCUUGCCUCAUCAGGACAUUAAUAGGUUUGCCAGUACAGCUACUCGCAUCACAAAGGCUUACAGAACAGAUCAAUCAAACCAUUGAAGUUCGUUACACAUGUAGUUACAUAAAAAUAUACAGAAAGUGGGAUACAGCUGGAUAUCUAAAACAAAAAAUAACAAAUAAUAGUGCAACACUGUUGGAGGAGGUUUGCAGUGCCCCCACUUUAUAUGGAACUCACAGACUCUAGAUGAAAAGAACGCAUUAAGGUUGCCUUCCCCCCAGUGGAGGUCUGGUUUCUCAGUCAGAAUGGUGCUUUUGGAUCCAAAUCAGGAAUCAGGUAUGUAGGUAAAAAACGAUUUAUUACAAAUAAAUUGAAUAAAAUAAAUAUUUUAAAAUUGGUGUUAUAUAACCGGUCCUACACGUUUCUAUGGAAACUUCCUCAGGGACCACCUUUUAUACAAUCAUAAAAACAUAAAAAAUAUGUCUAACAAUUUCAUGUCCUUGGGGAAAUGUAAUUCACAAGUAUCUCUUUUUGUUGCUGCUAUUGUAUCAAUAAAGAUUUAUUUUUUAAUGGAUAUAUGAGACCGCAUCAUAACCAAGCAUAUGGGUAUUUUCUCCCUGAUUCAUACCAAUUAUCUCCAGGCCAGUUAUUUAGGUAUAUUAUGUUGUGAAUAACUCAUGCGUGUUCAGUACUCAUAUCAGCAUUGAGUGUUCCCAUAUUUGGGGACUACUCUCCUUUAUCUGUGUUUUUUGUAUAUGUAUCAGAGCAUAACACUGCCUCUGCUGACCUGCCUUCAUCCCAUAGUGCAGGCUGCUGCGAUCUGGUUAAUGAAUCAGGUUAAUGAAGCACACACGCACCUGGACAUCCACCUGAUCUAAAAGAAAACAUGAUUCAUCAGACCCAGCAAAUUCUUCCAUUGUUCCAUGGUCCAGUUCUUAUGCUCACAUCCCUAAUGAAAGAGCUUUUGGUGGUGGAAGGGACAUACACAGCAAACUGUGAUGCACUGUGUUAUGACACCUUUCUAUCAUGGUCAGCAUCAUGUUAUUUUUAGCAAUUUGAGCAACAGGAGCUCUUCUGUAUGAUCGGAGAAGGCUAGCCUUCACUCCCCACAUGCAUCAAUGAGCCUUGAGCAUCCAUGACACUGGCAUAGGUGCACUGGUUUUCCUUCCUUGCACCACUUUUGGUAUGUACUAAGCACUGGAUACCAGGAACACCCCACAUGACUUAGCAUUUUUGAUAUGCUCUAAACCUAUUCGUCUAGCCAUUACUGUUUGGCCCUUGUCAAAGUCACUCAGAUCUUUUCUCUUGACCAUUUUACCUAGUUCCAACACAUGAAAUUUAAGAACUGAAUGUUCACUUGCUGCCUAAUAUAUCCCACCCCUUAACAGGUGCCUGUGUAACAAUAUAAUCAAUAUUAUUCACUUCACCUGUCAGUGGUUUUAACCCCUUAAGACCGGAGGGCGUACUAUUACGUCCUCUAAUAGGCGGCUCUAAACGCCGCCGGGCGUAAUAGUACGCCCUCCGGUCUUUCUGUACUUACCCGGUCGCCGGCGGUCCCACGCCGGCGAUCGCGGUGGGGGGGACUCCCAGGGAGCCCCCCGCGGCACGACCGUCCUCCAGGAAGCCCCCCGGCCGUGUGAGAGUGGGGUCCUAGCGAGGACCCCACAAUCACAUGGCCGGGGAUAGCUGGCUUCUGUAUUGCCAGCAGGGGGGCUGCCUGUAAUGACAGGUGGUCCCCCUGCUGGCUGAAAAUAAAAAUGAAAUAAAUAAAUAGUGUAAAAAAAUAAAUAAUAUUUACUUAGAUCAUAUAUAUAUAUUAUAUAUAUAUGAUCAAAGUAUAUAUACACACAUAUACAUACACACAUGUACACCGUCUAGGUGUAUUUUACUAUUAAUAUAUAUAUAAUUAUAUAUAUAUAUUAAUAUCAAAUUACACGUACACUGAUACUGAUUAAAUAUAUAUAUAAUUAUUGUUAUAUAUAUAUUUAUAUAUAUUAUAAAAAAAUUAAAAUGUAAAUACGUUAAAAAAUAAAAUUACAAAAAUAAUUAAAAAUAAAUAAUUAAAAAAUAUAUAGAUGUGUUAUUUCGUUCUAACUGUAUUGUGAAAUUAAUAUAUAUAUAUAUAUAUCAAAAUACACAUAGAACGAAAUAAUAUAUAUAUUUAUACACAUAAAUAUAUACAUAUAUAUCACUAUAUAUAUAUACCUAUAUAUAAAUAAAAAUAUUUUAAAAAAAUUAUAUAGAUAUAUACAUAUAUAUACACAUACGUAUAUAUAUACAUAUAUUGAUUCUACAUAUAUAUUUAUGUAAUAUUUUACAUAAUUAGGUAUCUUAAUUAAUUACAAUUAGCAGGACCUGCAUGACAACCCAUGCCGAAAGUAAAGGGAAUUUAAUUUGCUAGCACUAUAUUUAACCCUAUAACCUUCCGAGACACCAUAAAACCUGUACAUGGGGGGUACUGUUCUACUCGGGAGACUUCGCUGAACACAAAUAUUAGUGUUUCAAAACAGUAAAAUGUAUUACAACGAUGAUAUCGCUAGUAAAAGUGACGUUUUUUGCAUUUUUCACGCACAAACAGCAUUAAACGGACAAUAUUAUUGCUAUGAUACUUUUUACUGUUUUGAAACACAAAUAUUUGUGUUCAGUGAAGUCUCCCGAGUACAACAGUACCCCUCAUGUACAGGUUUUAUGGUGUUUCCAAAAGUUACAGCGUCAAAUAUAAGGCUUGCGUUUCAUUUUUUUCACAUUAAAAUUCGCCAGAUUGGUUACGUUGCCUUUGAGACCCUAUGGUAGCUCAAGAAUGAAAAUUACCCCUAUGAUGGCAUACCAUUUGCAAUAGUAGACAACCCAAGGUAUUGCAAACAGGGUAUGUCCAGUCUUUUUUAGUAGCCACUUAGUCACAAACACCGGCCAAAAUUGGCGUUUUUUGCAUUUUUCACACACAAACAAAUACUAACGCUAACUUUGGCCAGUGUUUGUGACCAAAUGGCUACUAAAAAAGACUGGACAUUACCCAUUUGCAAUACCUUGGGUUGUCUACUAUUGCAAAUGGUAUGCCAUUGUGGGUGUAAAUUUCAUUCCUGGGCUACUAUAAAGUCCCAAAGGCAAUGUAACCAAUCUGGCGAAUUUCAAUUUCAAAUGUAACGUACUAUAUUUGACCCUGUAACUUCCCAAAACGCCAUAAAACCUGUACAUAGGGGGUACUGUUUUACACGUGAAACUUUGCUGAAUACAAAUAUGUGUAUUUUAUUGCAGUAAAAGCAAACAGUAUUAUGACACUGACCGUUUAAUUGCCAUGUAGAACUAAAAAAAUCCAAUAAAAUCGUAUUUUCUCCCAUUUUUUUCAUAUUAAAUUAUGUUUCAUAGCUAAAUAUUUGAUAUUAAAUGAAAGCCCUAUUUCCCCUGAAUAAAAUGAUAUAUAAUAAGGGUGGGUGCAUUUACUAUGAAAGAGGUGUAUUACGGUUGGACAGACAUGUAGCGCAAAUGCCAGGUUUUGUUUACAUUUUGUUUUGUUCACAACGUGUACAUUUGGCUCCGUCCUUAAGGGGUUAAUGUAGAGGCUGAUCAGUGUAUGUGGUACCUGAGCUCUACUUGCCUUCCCAAUGAUAUCAUCCAUCUUCUCCACUGAGCCAUCGAAGUGUUUGUACAGCACAAGCACCAGCCUACUCAAAUUGUUUAAUUUAGUGUCCCCUACGUGAAGGAGUCAUUCUGUGAUCAGACAACUACACAGCACUGUUCCCCCAGAGAUAGGUGAGGAACUAAACUGUGCAUGCAUGCAUUUCCUUAGCCAUCUAUAAAAUGAUUUUAAUCAGUGCUGCAUGCGUGCAGGCGUGUGUGUCUGUAUAUAGAUAUAAUUUAACCAUAGGCAAUAUUUGGCAUGUAUUACCCAUUUGUUAUUAUAACCUCCACAGCCUCUGCACAUGAAGUUUGCCUGUUUUUUUUUUUUUUGUGUUGUUUUUUGGGGGUGUGUGUGGAGGAGUAAGUGGGCCUUUUGGCAGAUUUUGUGGUAUCUUACUUCCCAUUCACAGUAUUUUUCACUGGCACCCAUCGUUUGCUAUUGUAACAUUUGUCAAUGAAGACUCACUAUUAAUUCACUUAUACUCUGGCUAUACAGAGUAUACCUGCUAGGUAUGUUUCCUGUCUGGAAUUUCUGUUGUUUGCUUCCGUCACUGAAGUUAAAUCUGUGUCCCAGUAUUAUUGACUGGAACUCUGUGCAUACACAUACUUUUUCUUGAAUCAUUAAUUUUCUCUAAAUCAUAAUUACUGAUGCAGCUGCAAAGUGCAUUUUUGGUUGAUCUAUAUGAAUUUACAAAAUGACUUAAGGAAACUGAAUUCCAAAGAGGCAAAUUUUUGGUGAAAUACAGUAAUUAGAGGUGCAAAAGUCACACAAAAUUCUGAAUUAUUUAAUAUAGCCUUAUGGAACAGUCUCAAAAUGACAGCCCUUUCCACACAAACUCUAUCAGCAUGGGGGAACAGUGUCACAUGUUGGCCACAGAAGGUGACUGACUUCUUUGCAUUAUAUGAUUUGAUGCAGGUUGGAGGGUGUGUAAAAGCGGAUAGCACUCUUAGGCACUAAGAAACCAGUGUUCACUGGAAAAAGUGAUAGGUAACAGAGGGCUUAGAACUAUAACUUAUGUAAUAAAAAUGUUAUGAUGUUUUUCCUUUUCCAUAGUCCUAGGAGAUGGCACCCAGUGUGUUUUUAUCUUUGUGUUGUGUAAGCUGGAGAGUUUGACUAUAGAUGAAUAUUUUGUCAAACAAUGGAUGCAAUUAUUUAGCUUAUUUACAUGAAAAGGGUUUGUGUUUUGAAAACAGCGUGAUUAAGUGGAUCAAAUGUUCUUAGGUAAGCUAAUUUCCCUCUUUGUUUCUAAGCCAGCAUAAAAGUAUAUAUAGUAGCAAUAGCAAACAAACAUUAACCCCCAAUAUCUGGAGGGGGGCAGGAUGUUGUGUAAAUCUUGCCGUCCUAUUGAAUUUAACCAGAUAGUGGCACAACACUUCUUUGCAAGUGUCUCAAACAAUUAGUGUUUGGACAAAACAGUCAGAAGUGGUAUAUUUGUCAUGUUUUUGGCCUAACCUUGAUUAAUAUCCUGGUACAUAAGUGCUUGUUACUGCUAACUCUUUGUCUGCAUGCUAUCUGUGUAUAUCCGCAGGCUGUCUUUUUCAAUAAUCCUUACAUCUGCUCUCAUUCCGAGCUUAGGCCUGAACCCACUGAGCUUCUGAGAUGUUUUUCAUCAGCAACCAUAAAUAUUGGCCAAUUUGGAUAAAUUGCAGCAGACACUACUACCCCUACAGUAAUACUCUUAAUUUAGGAGAUGGCUUCAGGCACAAGUGUGCCUUUGCUUGAAACAUAAGCAUGACUGAAAGCAGGGCGUUAAAAGGCUAGGUCCUGCUGUGUUGAUGACAACCCCUUAAAUAAAUACCAAGUAUUGUAAACAUUAUUAUCCUACUUAGGUAAUCCUAUACUGAUAAUUAGGACAGUAAUGCAGACACUUCUCUGGAGGAGUCACUGGCUGAGAGUUGUAACAGCUAAGAAUCAAACAUUUUAAUCCAUAUACUGUAGAUGCAGUGCAUUCAAUGAUUUUGUGAAAGCCAAUUAUAAUACUGAUAUUUCUUGUCUAGUAAGACUUGUUCUUUUGACAGAGAGGUAAUAAUGGUAAAGUUUAAGACCAACCAAACACUUAUUAAAUAAGGAGGGAAAAAAUGAUAAUUUGUAGGUUGCUAACAUUUUUCAGAAAAUUGAGAGAGAGUAACCCAAAGACCAAGUUAAAAGUUAAAGUAGGAACCAUACCAUUGUUUAGAGUCAAACCAUUUUUGGAACUUAUCUGGGCUUCUGCAGUCCAUCAUUCUUCACAAAUAUCGUUAACAGAAUUCCACUUCCCUUUAUCAAUAUCGAUUUUGUCCACCUUUGUACGGAAUUUAUUGGCUGAGGAGUGUCCACUAACUUUCUGAGACAAUGAUUUCCAUUCAAAGACAAAAGGAACUGAUAUUGCUAAGGGAGGGAAACUUCUGCUUUAGAGUAGUAUGUGGAGAGGCCGACAGGGCCCCAAUUAAGUGCCCAUCCAUUUGAAAACCGUGAGACAGUGCAAGGGGAUUCAUGGUACGCUGCAGCACCUCCUUGAAAGGCUACUCCACCGGAAUAACAAUUUAUCUUAAUGAACUCAUUAUGGGUGCUGGAGUCCAGCCUGAGUGUUCCUUUAAUGCCAAAAGUGUUCACCUCCCUUCAUGCAAAUAGAAAUGGAGAAAACAAGCAAUACAUAGUUUAGAAAUGCCUAAAUCCAUAUUAAACUAACAAUCUAGGCAGCAUUACAAAUAAAGUGCAUUUCGCAGGUUUUGGCCUAAAAUUAAUGAUGCAUUUUAAAUCUCUUUAGCUUAGCCAAACCUACCUUUUUCACAAAUCAUUUUCCUUAUGGAACGUAUGCAGUGUAGCUCAGCCAGUGAGAAAAGUGUGAACUGAGCUGAAGACUUGACUCUGACUGUCUGUUUAUUAUAUGUAUGGUAUUUCAAAACCAUGAUAAAUGGUAUAGAGGCAGAUAAUAAGAGGACAGUGAUUGCCUAUCUGCCACUGAUCUCAAGUGGCACAGCCAAGUACAUACUGUUAGUUCAUGGUACGUCCAUUUUUAGUCCUAGAUUUCUACUUGAAAUUGAGACGCAUGGAUAAGGGGACAGGAUUUUGUACAGAAAGCUGCAAAACUACACUUACUUUAAACUGCAAGUAUGUCUUGUAAAAUUUAGGUUCUUAUAGCAGAGGAUAUCAGUGUCCCCUUUUAUAAAAUUUGGUGUGUUUGCUUUUUCUUUCAUGUUGAGUGCUAUGUAGCAUCUGUCAGUCAGCAGAAAGGGGAGUUACCGGACACCUAAAAAGGUCACUUAAUAAGCUUUAUAGGAAUAUUAGUUAAAUGGCAUAUUAAAAAUAUUAAACGUAACAUAGCAAAAUAAAAGAGUUACCUCCUGUUUUACAGCCAACAGUAGUAUCAUGUGUUAAUCAUAAGUGUGUGUAAUAGUGUGUGAGUCCCCCAGUUUUAUUAUAUUAAAAAUAAAUAAUAGACCAGGGCUCAAAUUUUGAAGUCCUAUGCUACUAAACAGGCCUAAAAGGUUCUAAACAAUAUAAGUUAUAACACUCUAACAUAUAGUGUGCAGAAUCCAGGAGCUGGCUAGUGGCUAAUGGCUAUAGUACCGUGUAUAAAAAAUCCUUAAAAUUGUAUAACAGUAUAAUUAAAAAGUCGAAUAAAAAUCGUAACAGACUUGUCAGACUUGUCUUCUGACUCACAUAAGUCUGGUAAUGCACCUAUGAACUAUCUCUGAUCUGUAUUUUUGCAUUUUUAACCAUCUAUAUAUAUUUUUUAAAUUGUUAAAUAAACUGGCAUUUUUUCGAUAACCAUAUCCAGUUUUUAUUGCUUCAGUCUAUAGCGAUAAAUUUUUAUAUCGCCAAAACUAACAGUUCCAUAUACUGUGUUGCUUAACAUAUAGAUAUUUUUUAUCUUUGAUACUACAAAGUAUACUAUUUGGAGCAGGCAUUAUCUACCCUAUACUAUACUGGGGAUAGGAUCACCUGCUCUGGACAUAUUGGCUACAUACCGAUUUAGCAGUUCAAUCUAUUUUUUCUCAUUGUAUUUCAUUUUACUAGUAUUAGUAUUUUCCAUUUCAUUAUUAAUUUUAAACUCUCCUUUUUCCGUUUGGUUUUUAACCUUCUCCUUUAUCUAUUUAUCCUUUUCUUUUUUAUCUUUUACCUUAUUUUAUCCACUUCUCUUUUCUAUCUGUAUUUUAAACAAUAUAAGCCUGGAGGGUCCGUGGGACAUUAGGGUGACUAGCCAGGGCUGAAUUUUCACUUGCCAAUGGAUAACACUAGCAGGAAUUCAACUAAAUGUGAUAUUUAUAAGCUGCUAAUGAGGGUAAAAUUUAAAACGUAGGUUUACCUUGUGCAUUUUUAUCUCAUUGAAGUGUGUCUUGGUCAGAAAAGACUUGGAACCAUUGCCUUAAUGCAUGAUGCCAUUCUGCACUGUGAAAUAGUACAGUACUUAGUACAAAGUUGUAUAGCAUUGAUCCAAUUGAGCAUCAGUCAGACAGCACAGUUGAGUAGGCAUCAUAGUUAUUUGUCUAAAUCAUCAAUCACUCUAACAUGGUAACAUCUUGUGUUUUGUUGAGCAGCUUACUUGAUCUAAAAUUUGACCAGUUUAUUCGAGUUGGAAGUGUUCGUAAGAUUGCAAAGCCAGUUUUACCUUACAGGUAAGCAUCCAUAGAUACGAACUCUGCGCUUGCAAAAAAGAUAAUGAAACCAAAUCUUAUACUGUUGUAUGUGUUUUGUUUUGUAAAGCUAGAUAUGGCAAAUGCACAUCAGUAAUACAACAUGCUAUUGUACACUGCAUUGGUAGUUUUAAUUUGUGGAAAUGAAGGCAAUGCAAUUGUAUUACUCAGUGGCAGACAGACCCCUCCCCCUCCUCUUUCAACAGUAUGUGGCUCCACCAGAGCUGUUGAGGAGAGACAAAGAGACUUUCGUUCUGUGUCUCAUGCCAAACUUGGACAACAUUGAUACACAAAGUACAAAAUAUAGAAUUACAGCUGCCUGACUGCUCUCGGGUGCCUUAUAGCUGCAGCAUUAUUUACAACAUUGAGAGUAGGUGCAAAGUUCUUAUGUUGAAGAUCAUGCUAUGGAUUGGGAUCACUGAAAGAAUAAAAAGUACAUCAACUAAUGUUUUAUAUAUAUAUAUAUAUUUAUAUUUAUUUUUUGAGUGUUUCUUAAAGGGACACUGUAACUGCAGCAUCUCAUUGAAGUGGUUAUUGUGUCUGGAGUUAAAUCGUUUUUUAUGUUUAAAUGCUAAACAAGAGUUUCCAGCAGUCCAUUCCCUCUUUGCUGCCUGAACAUUAGCCUGAGUAGCAGAGGGCGGCUGUAAGUGGCUGAGAGUGUCAGCGGACAACUUUUAACAUAUCACAGCCCAUUGUGCAUUAAGGUCCUACUUUGCAUGUGCAGUGAUUGCCAUGCUCGGUGAGUCAGAAGCUGAAUUGUGUUAGGAAAUUGCAAUAUACCAAUAGCGGCUUUACAGAGUAUACCUGCUAGGCUUCACAUUGAGUUUACACUUGUUAAUGUGUAUAAUGAUAUGUGGAGUUUGUGUUUUUCUGUUUAGUAAACUGGGUAUCAAUGUUUCUGCUCUACAGAUUUAGCGCUAUAAAAAAAACAACAUCCUUUUUAACAAAAUCUUACUAUGAUGUGUGAUUUGAUUUUAUAGCUUACAUGCUGGCUCUGAUAAUGAAAGUGAACAGUUAAAGGAGCUUCAAGCUCUUCUAAAAGAUGAUUUAACCGCCAUAGAAAAGGCAUAUGUCAGAAAAAGCAUUGAACAACAUAAACUAGGCACCAACAAAACACUGCUUGGACAGGUAAGUGAUCUCUUAAAAUGUGAACAAUAUUCCGUUCUUACUGCUUGGACUCAAAGUAUUCUCUUAUAUGAUGCCACAGAGACAAAAAAAAUUUCACACUCAUGUGACCUCCGUGUUCAUACACACAAGUUACAAAAUGAAUGACAACUGAUUUUACUUCCACGCCGUAGAUUAAACUUUAGUAAAACAGUGGAGGAUGAUUUGUACUGUUGAUAUCAAAAACGUAUUGCCUGAACCCAAAUAUAGUCUAAAUUUCAAGCCACGCAGAAACCACCUGGAUAGAUUAAAUUUGGGCUUAGGUUCUACCUUUAACAUCCACAAAGAGGUUGAAUGAUAAUAAAUGUAUUUACUGUUUUCAUAAGGUACCCCAAAGUUUGAGAGUCCCUAAAAAAUCACGUGGUUCAUCUAUUUGAUUGAGUUCGGUAAUAUCUCUCUUUCUCUUCUUACUGUAUUUAAGGUCCGUGUAGUGGGUGUGACAUGUGCCGCAUGCCCAUUCAAUUGUUUGAGCAAUUUGAAAUUUCCGAUUGUCAUACUUGAUGAGUGUAGCCAGAUGACAGAGCCAGCCUCCAUGCUUCCAAUCGCCAGGUAACAUUUGUGUAGUUGUUUAAAGUUGUUACAAUUCAUUUUACUUAAAUAAUGUGUUUUUUUUUAUUUUUAAUAUGUUACAAUAUUAUUAAAUUAAAAAUAAGGAAAAACACUUUUUUUUCCCUCCUGAAUCCCUUCUUGUGCACUGAUAUGCUUGGCAUGUCAAGAUAUAAAAGGAUUUUCCGAAGUAGCAUGAGUAAGGAGCAAACUUAACAUUUACUAAUAUACAAAAAUAUUGUACACCCUCUUUCAUGAUCUUUUGUCUCAAACACGCUAGUAAAUGUAGUGCCUGGAAGGUCCUUCAAUUGAUUCACUAUCAGAACACUAAGCACAACAAACUGCUUGAAAAUGAUAUAAUUAUUGGUUUCCACACAAUAGCACCCUCCACAGUUAGUGUAUGUUAUCGAAUGCAUACAGACAGCAGGCCUUAGCUAUAAAGAGCAAUUCUGGAUCUAAGUGCUUAAUGUGGAACAAUCCACAGGAACAUUCCUUGUGUUUCCAUGGACAUUCAGGAAGAGCAUUCCAUCGGUUUCCAAGGGCAAUCAGCAUGACUUUCCUGGGGAUCUCUCCAGACUCUGUGUUUUCACCACUAUUGUUCUUUGUACUCAUGGCUAAAAGUAUUCAGCAAACAAGUAUUCAAAGGCAGAGUAGCAAAUAAGUAAACACUGCUGGUAAGGGUGAUUUUAUUUUUAUUUUUGUUGUGCUUCAGUUGAACAAACAAACUUGCUCUUCCCCAACAGCAAUGGCAAGAGAAUUGAAAUACAAAGUGAAACAGUUUAGGGCACACAAGUAUACAGCACGUUGUUUUUUAUUUUUUGGUGGUAGAAAUUUUUGCAUGCAUAAUGAUACAGUCAGGCUGAGAUUAACAUUUGAACAGGUGCUUUCAGGAAGGGACUUAUGUAGUUAAGAUAAGAAUUUGUCAGAUUGGAGACACUGCGCUAUUCACAUUCUGUAACCUGUUUAGCACGUAGGGAGCAGCUUGCUGCAGUACAAUGGCAACGUGGGUAAGUAAGAAGCCUAAUGUGCAGUUAACAUCCCUAUUACUUGGAGGGUAAGAGGGUAGUAAUUAGCUAUGGCUGCAGUGACAUCUAUCCCACCUGUCGUAUGCUAUAGUUACAUGAAUAACUAGUAGAACUUGCUGAACUCCGCAAAGACGAUAACUGAAAAUAACCUCCGAGGCCACAUUUCUAGCAUAACAGCUGCAUUGCCCGUGUUUGAACUAGAAGCCUAGCUAAAUCAUAAGUACAGUUUAGUCGUUGUUGAAAAUAUAGAGUAAAAGACACAAAAGAAAACAAAUACAUGAAGCCAUAUUAGCAGACAUUUCAACGUUGGGAUACAGGUGGCCCUGUCCAGAGAGUCCAGCGUCAGCCUAUUCCCCGCAUGUCAUGGGAGCAGUCAGUGGGCAGGAGUCGAGCGUGGGAGCCCUCCAGCUCCGGGCUAUGUGGAAGACCGGCAUUACAAGGCCACAGACCCAGGUUCUCAGACACGCGGCUAGGUCUUUCCCAAACGAGGGAUGGCUGAAGCUCCCGAUGGUGCGUCGCCGCCAACGGCGGUGGUUCUUCAGCCUCCCUGGCAAAUGCAGGGGUAUGGUAUCCCCAGAAGUCUUUCGCCCAGGCGGGCCUAAAUGAGCAGUGCCAUGCGCUGGACGAGGGGUUGCGCUCAGAGGGGAUCCUCUCACCUCCGCUAAUCUCUGCUGUGCUUCACCGCCUGAUUCUGGUGCGGUGUCUCCAUACCACGGGCCUCCAAUUUUGCCCAGAAGCUUUUGAAGAGCAUAACGUGAUGGAGUAGAUGUUCAAAUGGGUCUUGUGGAGUCCUCACUGUUUGUGCUUUGCUAUUCACAUUCAGUACUUGAAGCGUGGCAGCAGUAUGACCCCCACCGGUCCAAAGGGAGGGGGGGAGAGGGUGGGACAGCUUGGGUCAGGGUUCACUCCACCGGGUGAGGCGCUCGGAGAGUGGCCGUCUCUCCUCUGCCCACACUUGUGGAGGCCACAAGCCGCAAUGUCUGCGUUCUGGUGGUUUGAGUGCCUGGAUUUAGUAUCCCUGGAUGCACAGUUGUCUCCUUGACUGGGUGCUUACCGGCAACAGUCCAUAUUAGCCAGCGGCUCGAGAUUAUUGUCACUUAAUUGUCCCGGUUUGUGGAGCUCAUGCGGUGCACGUCUGAUCCGCUUGGCAACCAAGGUCAGCCGCUGAUUCUCUUUUUUUUUUUUUUUUUUUAUGUUUGCUAGGAUUUUCAAAAUAACAACACAACACAAUCCCAAGUAAAAAAAAAUGGAAGCAGGAAAGGCAUAGUUAAUAAUAUACAGUAUUAAAAGACAGAACACAUUGUGUAAAAUGCAGACAUCCCAGGCUGGAUCUACUGAGUUCUGAGUGGAGCAAGGCUAUCUGAGAUAGCAAUCCACAAAAACACAGGACUUAGUUUUUAUUGUAUAUUUGAGAUCCAGUUUAGAAAGUUAACUAUUAAUGUACACAGAACAUAAACAGACAUAUAUUUACCCAGGUAUUACACUAAAAUUAUCAAUAUAAUAACAAUUGUACUUAAAUUAAAACUUGGAAAGAAGAUAUGAUGGAACCAUACAUAAUAUAUCUUUCCAGUUAUUCCAGUAAAAUAAUAAGAAGAAAACUUGUACCCAAAUUGAGCCUGAGGAAGAAGAUACCAUGGUAAAAAAUAAGGAAUUCUGUGCUGAAACAAUAUUAUCAUACACACACCUCUAGUUUUGACCCUGCAAGUCCCAGGGGAAACUCAGUCCACAUGUAAAUAUGGAAGCACUGUGUCACGUUCACCAUUUCUACAUGAUUUGCCCUGUGCAGAUUUCAGUGUGAAAAGCUGAUCCUUGUUGGGGACCCGAAGCAACUCUCACCAACUAUCCAGGGCUCUGAGGCAGCGCAUGACUGUGGGUUGGAACAAACAAUAUUUGAUCGACUAUGCAAGAUGGUAUGUUAAAUGACUAUCUAUUACUGCACUGUAUAUGUCUUUUCUGUAUUAUUUUAUGUCAAAAGAGAAGCUUUACAUGUAUGAUGCUAUGUUUUUGUCAGGAAACAAGAAAUCAAUAUCUGUUUUUUUUUUGUGUGUGAUUUUUCAGAAUCUAAAAAUAUUAAAAGCAGUUCCAUAGACAAAAGAUUCAAUGUUCUCUCAACUCCGAAUAAUUGGUACUAGCAGUAAAUCUAGUAAAACCGUUAAAGAGGAACUGUCACAAACAAACGAUUUUUUUGCAUAAAAACUGGAGGCCAACUAAGAAUUAGCUAGGUGUUGUACUCUUUAAAAAAGAAAAAUUGCAUUACUACUAAUUUUCUAAUAAAUUACAUUGCAAAUAUAUCUUUUCUGACACAGCCAGAGUGUGUCAUGUAAAUUAGUUUGAACCCUGCUGGCAUAGCACUAUUGAAAGAAUGCCUGAGCAUGCAUCUGCAUGUGCAAAAGUGUUUAAGUACGGAGGGAAGGGUGAGAAACUGUCAUCAGUUUAGCACUCACAGGGAUCUUUUCACUAAACACCGAACUGCAGCUGAAUGCUGUUCAGCUGUCACAGCUCAGCUGUUUUAACCCAUAUGACUAAUCACAAAUGGCAGAUUUGGUUAUUUUAACUGAAUUUGCACUUACAAUUGGCUGCAGUUCGACUGUCAGUUGAAAUCUGAUGAAUCUCCAUAUAACAUGAGUGAUAUGGCUAUUCACAAACUGAUUAAAUGCAUCUGAAUCGACUUUUUUACUUGUUCUGAAUUCCUUGGUAUGAUCCAGGGGAUAACCCUUAAAACUCCAAUUCCCUAAUAAUAUGUUAACCUAAUAUGCCCCAGCUCCCUUGACACUCCAACCUUAAAUCCCCUGCAAACCUGACUCUGUCCAAUAUUUUGAAUAAAGUCCCAAUAUCUUGUAGCUUAAGGGAGGGGGAGGUCCCCAUUGUAAGCCACUGCCUCUAAUGUACCGAUGGUGGAUCAAGGUGGAUUCAAUCAUUAAAACCGAUUUUGCAGUCAAAGACAUAUAGAAUGUGGCUGGUGCUGCGCUUUUGUUGGUCCAAGGUAGCCAUCUGCUCUGUAGAAAAAUAGUCAUCUCGGUAAAACCAGCUGAAUUUCUUAUCAUUUGUUUAUAUGAAAACAAUACUACCCUGUUUUGUUUUAAAAAGAAAAUAAGUCGGUUGAUAAACCAAUCUAGAACCUACAUAUAUAAAGUUUGUUUCAGACAUGUUACAGUAUCAUACAUCAAACAGAACUUUGAGUUAGUGUCUUUCUCCACUUCUAGGGUCAUAAGGCUAUUCUGUUAAAGACUCAAUAUCGAUGUCACCCAGCUAUUAGUUCUGUAGCAAAUGAACUGUUUUAUGAAGGUCGUCUCCUCAAUGGGCUAUCAGAAGAAGACAGAAAACCUCUUCUAGACUGGUUACCCACAUUGUGUUUUUACAAUGCUAAUGGAAACGAGAUGGUAAGUUGGCACACAAACUCUGAAACACUUUAGAAGCAACACAUUAUGUAUUUGCAGGUUUGAUUAUUAAGCUGUAUAAUUAUAUUGCUGCAAAAGUCAAAUUCUUCUUUCAAAGGUAAUUUUUCUUCUUGUAAAAUAAUUGUUUUAUCCGCACACAUAUAUUUACCACAGAGCUUCACAGUUUUAAUACUGGCAGCAAUGGUUUGGAACCAUUAAAAUGUGUUUAUAAUUUAGUUUAUUUAAAUAAAAUAUAUGACUUAUUUAUACAAAUAGACAAUGAAUGGCUGUGAAGCAAUGAUCCCGAGGAUAGUCACAUCAUUUGGUCACGCAGCAGAUGCAACCCUUAAUACAAGAGUGUUCCUUUUUGACAGCUUGCAAUUUUACGGGAUAUACAAUCAUCUUUACUGAGUAGAUUUUUCAUGUUUCCAUUGAAUUGUAUUUUGCCAAUGUAGACAUGCAGAGUUUCUAAUCCCUUCUGAACAUUCUUUGAUUGUUCAUAACCAUGAUACUCUGAAUAUGUGGUCCAUCUUAGAAUCUGAAAAUUAACCCCACCAGUAAAAUCAAAACUUGCAAGUUAUUUGGAGAACAUAGUGGUUUCAUAAAAUGAGAAAACGCUCUGCUUUAGUCUACAUUUACAUUAUUUCAAAGUACCCAAAGCAGAAUUGAUAAACCCUUGCUUGUUAUGCCUUUUCUGUAACGACAGUGACCACAACACACAGAGUGUAAUCUAGAAAGAAGCGUAUUAUCGGGGGUCAGGGGGUUGCGGAAAGCAGAUACACGAGAAAAACAAGCCGAAGUCAGGAUACCAGAGAGUAGAAUAGUCAGGAGGCGUAAGCCAGAAGUCAAAAACCAGAAAAUACAAUACAGAAUCUUAAUAGCACUAGAGGGAACCAAAACAGAACCACAAUAGGGCGGUGAACAAGUGAAAAAGGCCCUUUUAGAGUGUAUUGCCUAUAGCUUUAAAUCCACGCCCCCAAAAGGUUAGGGGGCGUGGCAACGUUUGAAUUUGCGCAGUAUUUCUGAUCUGACGUCGGCGGGCAUGUGCCGCGUCAUAACAAGGGGCGUGUUUGGAGCGGCCGACGUCAGGCUGUGCCGCCUCCCAGAAGUGUGGGAAGAAGACGCCGUGCUGCGCGGCUCCAGAGGAGAAAGGUAAGGUAUCAUUACAUUUUCAUGGCUUCAUUUCUUUUUUCAAACAUUUGUGCCAAUAAUUUUUUUAAUAUUUUUGUUGGUACAAGUGCUGUGUAGUUAAAAACCAUUUUGUUUUAAUUCUUCUGUAAAAUUAUUAUGAGCUGUACAUAUUUAAAUGUCCUUUAGGCUCCCUUUUGUUAUUGUAAAAUUCAAGCUUGAAAACGUGAUAUUUUUCCCUGUACAAUUUCUAUAUAUAGGUGGAGGGAAGCAACAGUUUUCAUAAUGUAGAAGAAGCCAAUUUUACAGUGAAGCUUAUCCAGUCUCUGCUUGCUAGUGGGAUUCAGGGCACUAUGAUUGGUGUUAUAACACUCUACAAAGCACAAAUGUACAAGGUAGGUUUUUGGGCUGCUGCUAAUUUUAGGGAUUAAAAUAUGAAGCAGACAUUACUCUCUUGUAAUAUUAGUGUAGAGUUCCAUUUCUUUCAAUUAAAAAUGAAAACAAAAUUUAAACUAUAUAAUUUUACUACAUUGAUUAGAAAAAAACACCAGCAAUUAACAAAACAAACAAACAAAAAAUAACUACACUUAUCUCUCCUAACAACAUUUUAGACUUCUGUAUGCCUUUACAUGUGACAGUAUGUUAUUUUAGUACAUGGACUUGUCUAUGAAGUGCUGCGUGCAUACAAUAUGUUGGACUUUUGUUAUUUUGUGUUGUCUUAAACGUGAGUACCAUUUCUCCAACCCUCAAAGUGACACUCCACUGCUUAAAUGCAAACUAGAUAGAAAUCACUGUUUAGUAGAUAUUUCCCAAAUGAAAACUUGCAUGCAUUCAAUUAUAUAUUUUUUCAUUGAGAUGAUAUGUAAAAAAAUAGAUUACAAAUCCUUUAGUUGUUUUGGCUGUUGCCUUUGCAAAUUCUUCCCUUCUAAACCUGCCCAGACUUUCUGUGGCUGUCCAAUCACAGACUUCCCAAUGCAGCUCAAUGAGAGGUCUUUGCUCUGGGCAAUUGCUGCCUUUUGAGUUUAGCUUCACUGAGCUAACCAAACCAGGAAAUAGCAGGACCUGUUGUCUGCCUGAAAACCAAGAGGUUGUAACCAGAAUAAUUUUUGCAAAAAAAAAAAAAGAUACAUUCCUCACACAAAGCUUUUCAGCAAGCUAAAGUGCUUAAGAAGUGUGACGUGUCCCCUUAAAAUGAUGAAUGAGCAUGUAAGCAUUUUCUGUUUAUCCACAUAAACAUCUUGUUAUUUACAAGUGUAUUUUUUGCAUCUAUAUCCAGGUAUGCACUUUACUCAGUACUGCUGCCCUAUGCGAUCCCAUGGAGGUUAAAGCAGUUCAGGUAUCAACUGUAGAUGCUUUCCAAGGAGCGGAGAAAGAAGUAAUCAUCUUGUCCUGCGUUCGGUCAAAACAAGUUGGGUUCAUAGAUUCAGAAAAAAGGAUGAAUGUUGCACUCACUAGAGGGAAGAGGCAUUUGUUGAUUGUGGGCAACCUUGCCUGCUUGAGGAAGAAUACUUUGUGGGAGCAUGUAAUUCACCAUUGUGAAAGUAAGUCGAAACAUGCAUACAUCAAAUUUAGAAAGCUAGCAUUAGUAUUCUCAGUACCAAUCGUGUCUAGGUUUUGAUCAACAGCAGUUAUUACAUACCACCAUAAGCACCCAGACCUCUUCAAAUGGUCUGGGUGCAAGGGCCAUGUUGGUUUCCUUCUUGCAAUAUAAAACAUUGCUGUUUGUAGCUAUGGCAAUGUUUACAGUUCAAGUAUGUCAUCCUGACAGCCACUAGAGGGUGCUUCUGCUCCUACAACCAAAUCAAACUCCAUUCUGUGAUGUUUGAAAUCCUCACGCAUUGCAAUGAAAGUCCUCUAAUGCUGGUCAUAGGGAAGCAUUGUAUUCAAUGCUUCGCAAUGAAAUGGAUGAGUGUGGCGCUUGUCAGGCACGCGCUUCUCAUCUAAAGAGGAGACAGAAUGGGCAGCUACACAAAAUUAGUCUCUGCACUGGAAAAGGGUAAGUAAAAUUUGUUUUUGUUUUUUGUUAAAUUCAGAGGAGCCCUGAAUCUAAAUAGUGAGUAGAACACUAUAGAUUUAGGAAUGCAUUUUUUGUAUUCUUAAUGCUAAAGUGAUUCUUAAGGAACUAUGUAACUAUGAUGGGCAUUUUAGCAUUUUGCCCUACACUACCAUAAGAUACCAUUAACAUUAAAGUUUACUGCUAAUGUGAUGGAAACUGGGCUGUUUAUGGCCUAAGCCAUGUGCCCCACAAUUGAUUGUUCUUGAGGGGGAAAAAUGACUAAGCUUACUUAGAUCCUUAGUAAAAGGGGAGUGCUGAAGUAGUUGCCCUCCAUUGCAAAACUAAAUAAUACACCUACCUAGAUUACCAGAUUGAAAAUGUUGUACGAGAGCGGAAGGUUAUCAUACUUGGUAUGGGCUCACCCCUUUUCCAACCUACGUAUGAUGUGGCAGAGGGUAACGUGUAUUAGGCUGGCUGCUUAGACAAGGGCAUGCCUAUUUCUUAUAUGGAUAGGCCAGAAAUUUCCCUAGACCCUGAAAGACUUGCCAAGUGACAUCAGCAUGUGUGGGUGCUGCAAACUGUGCAGCAGUGACCCAGGACUCUGUAGUGGGUCUGAGUGAGUGUCUCUAGAGGUGUUACUAAGCAGCUGAAAAGGUAGUGUUUACAUUGAAAAGCCUGCAGGGACUGGCUAUGGACACCAGAACAAUUACAUUAAGCUGUAGUGCUUCUGGUGACUCUAGUGUUCCUUGAAGAAUGGCAUUUUUCUUAUUAAAAAUUAAACUGUGUUAGUUUAAAAAAAACAAAAAAAAACUGGCUCCCAGAUUCCAAACAAAUUUGUUAAGCCCUGGCUUACAGUAAAAUAACUCAAUCGUAUCAUCUUCACUUUUAUUUAAAUAUCUUCAACACAUAACUAGAUUUUAAACAGUGCUAUUUUUUACCUCAGGGCAAAAGGAUGGUUUGACACAUGUAAGCCAGUGGGAGGAAAAGCUAAAUGGCAUACUUACCUGUUACCAAGACAAGAAACUAGAGGAGGACACACAUGUCCUAAAGAAGAAAUCCAAACCAAAAGAUGGGACGGCUACUCUUAAAAAGACAUAA